GCGGCGGCGGCGGGGGCAGCAGCAAGAAAUCCAAAGAGCAGAAGGCGCUGCGGCUCAACAUCAACGCUCGGGAGCGCCGGAGGAUGCACGACCUGAACGACGCGCUGGACGAGCUGCGCGCGGUCAUCCCCUACGCGCACAGCCCCUCGGUGCGGAAGCUCUCCAAGAUCGCCACGCUGCUGCUCGCCAAGAACUACAUCCUUAUGCAAGCACAGGCCCUGGAGGAGAUGCGGCGCCUCGUCGCCUACCUCAACCAGGGCCAGGCCAUCUCCGCAGCCUCCCUGCCCAGCUCGGCGGCGGCGGCAGCCGCGGCCGCUGCCCUGCACCCCGCGCUCGGCGCCUACGAGCAGGCGGCAGGCUACCCGUUCAGCGCCGGGCUGCCCCCCGCCGCCUCCUGUCCGGAGAAGUGCGCCCUGUUCAACAGCGUCUCCUCCAGCCUCUGCAAACAGUGCACGGAGAAGCCUUAAACACACAAGACCGACCCAAAAGCUAGAGAAGAGCGAGAAGCUGCUCCCCACCCCUUUUAUUUUGGUUCUCUAGGAGUUGUGAAGCACUUGCAGAGCAAACAAAAGCAGAGACAAGACUGAGAAGUAUCAGAGACAAACGGGACUUUUAGCUUUGACAUCCCCAGAAUCUCUGUCUUUGGGUGGGGAGGGAGGGAGGAGGGAGGUGGAGUUGGGAUGGAGUACGGAUGUCUGUUUUUCUCAGAAAAGUGGCAACUUUGGUGGCGGCCUUGACGGCGGGGAACAAGCGGAGUUUUCCUUAAAGGUGAAAAAAAAAAAAAGUUGACAAGUAGUGCUUGAAUAUUAAGCUUGGAGAAUACUGAAUGGCAAAAACACUAAUCCUACUAAUAAUUGUGAAUUUGCUUAGUGCAGAACGGGAGCGAAGGAGCCCAGGGUUGGGAGGCAGGUGGGACGGAAUAUUCAUUCAGACAAAUCAGAAAGGGCACUUGAAAAUAAAUUUUGAUUCUGAGCCAGGAGCUAACUUGAAAUGUAGACUGAUUUAAGUGCGGGGUGGGGGAGACACGUUGCUAUGAAAGACUUGUAUUUUUUAUUGUCUCUGAACUUUAAUCCUGUGAAAAUGCUCAAAGUUUUGGCGAGAGUGAUAUGAAAAACUGUGGCUGAGAGAAUUGCAUUUAAAAAUAUUUAUGUGCACCUUGUUAUUUUCAACUCUGCAAUGAUGUAUUAACAAUUCAUGAUAUUUAUUUGUUAUUCUUCAAUGGCCCUUCCAUAUCAACAGUAUUUAUCAUGUGUUAAGGUCGUGGGUCUUAUGUGCAGAUUUUUUUUAAUGCCUCUAAAAUUCUGUUUUAUAGAUUAACUUAUACUGUGUGCCAAGUGUUUAAAGGUUUAUUUGCCAACAAUUAUGAAGAGAAAUAUUGAUGUAUCUGAGCUGCUUAGGUUUAUGAAAGGUCACCUGGAUAUUUUCAGUUGCAUCAUCCCUGUAUUUAAAUUGAGCUUUAAUAAAUUGCUUUAGUCCAAAAAUUACAGGAAAGCUGUAUUCUUAAUUGAUGAAUUGAUUGAUCUCUUUUUUGAAAGGGGACUUAUUUGCAUUCCAAAAGGGAAAGAAAACAUCACAGCAAUAGCUCCUAUAUAAGUAAGAACAAGCUUAGCAAAUAUUUUUUCCAGGUUGUGCUGUGCAUUUUAAAAAGGUCUAAUUUAAUUACUUUUAAAAUAUAUGUACUAUAUAAGUUAUUUUAACUGUGGAGAAUUAUUUAAGUUUAAAGACUGGUUUGAUUUGCCUAUGGUGUGAAAUCCUUUGUUAUUUUUCUAAAAAAAUUUAAAAAGAAAUAAAAUAAAAGUAAAGGAGAACAAGAAGCUAUUUACCCAAAGUGAGCUUUCACUUUUAGUUUGCAUGGCUAUUUGCCUGCCUUUCCAUUCUAUGAAAAUCAAGAAAACUUUUUUUAAAAGGGGAGUCCUGCUAUUUUCCACUCCUUGCAGAUAAUACGAAUUCAGUUUGUCAGGUUGGGUGGUGAAUUGGGAGUUCUGGUGGAUCUGGUGGUGGGCUUUGGAUGUGUAAAAGAAUGAGAUAUAUAUAUAUAUAUAUUAAAUAGGUCAAUCAGACAAUGACAGCUAUGUACGACCAUUUGUAUGUGUAUCUAUGUCAGAAAGAAUCUUUAUUAAAGUAUUUUGAUCAAA